AUGCGCCUUCGACUCGAAUCAUCUCCUCCCCUUCCUCAUGUCAAAGUUUGGAUAUCCUCUUCACAGUCUCAAAACAAGCUCAGCGUUCACUCCUCUCAAAACAAACCACGGCCACAAUCCAUCCUAGACUUGAAAAAAAAAAUAUGUACUACGAUCAAACCGCUCUCUGAAACAGGCGCCGGCGCGAAUGAUAUUAUUUUGGAGUUGGAUGGGUUUGAGCUGCUUGAUAAUUUUCCGGUGGACGAACUGAUUAGAGAAGGGGAUAUCAUUCUGAUUGGAGCAAGGGAAGGCGUUGCGACAAGCACUUCACAAUCGUGCCCUGAAAUUGGCAAGAAGAGAAAGUUUAACCUGAACCCGUCUCAAGCUUCUCAUUCUGAACGUACCAAAAAGCGACAAAAACGCGUAUCUUUUUCACCCUUCUCAUCAGAGUCCUCAUCCGAUUCAUCGUCUUCAUCUGAGUCCUCAUCAGAUUCUUCAUCCUCUGAAUCCGAGUCAGACUCUUCCUCGGAAUCUUCUUCGUCCUCGGAAAGUGACUCCGAGAGCUCAGAAUCAGACACGUCGUCGGCUAGUUCAACCACAAGUCCACCCUCAAAGGUUCCUACCAAACCGAAACUUCCAUCGCAGAAACUCCUCAACGGGAAGUUUCAGAAAGAAGAUGUCUCCCGGACGCAUGUCACUCCAGGACAAGGCUCUGCUCAGACACGGAAACGAAAUCUGCGACGAAGGUUGAAGCAGCAAUAUGACGCCCCGGCUGCUUGUGGUGAAGAGCUUCUGCCGCCUUUACAGACCCCAAAAGGACUUUCGGAAGCGAAUCAAGCACCUCUAGGCUCAAGAGAGUUCGUUUCGACCCUAAACCCCUCCAAGAACAAACAAGUUGCCUCUGUAAAUCAUGAAGAAACAAGGAUAGGACCUGACCGAGUUGAUCCUGCCUCUACCACACCCAAUCUCGACGCUUCUCGAAACGCAGAACUCAAUCUCUCCAUGUUUUCCCUUGGUAACAAGAACAAAAAGAAGGGAUUUAAAAAGCAGGCACUGAGUUUCCCAAAAGUGAUGGGGAAGAUCGUGUUUUCCGCCGCCAAGCACAAUGAGCAGUUGCCUCAGACACCACAGCUACUCAACGCUCGGGAUUCAGGAAUGAAUCAGGAGACACAGGACCCGGUGCUUCCAUACUUGUCGGAACCUGUUCCACAGGCGAGGCCGAGAUUGAUAUCGCCUAGUGAGAAACAAGCGCUCGGACUACUGCCCAGAAAUGUCUGGGUAAGUUCAGUCAAUGUCGAAGAGGGACUAGCAAAGGCGAAAAGGAAGAAGAAGAAACAAAGUCCCCAAGUUACCGAGGGAAUUGAUAGCUAUCGCGCACAUGGGGGCGGAUACGUUAGCUGUCAACGGGAGGAAGAGGAGGUUGUUGAUACCUUAAAUUACGGAGACAGUGUAGAGAAACCUGUACCAGUCUUGGAUGGAGAACACGAUGAAGACGAGGCAAAAUCGAAACUUCUUUGGUCGAUUGCUGAACGGUCGUUCGAUUCACUACCAACCAUAACCGUGCAGGAUAAAGAAGUAGUGGUUCAUACAGGUGUCGUUGUUGGUUGGAAGGCUUUGGCGUUAAACCCUAUUACCUACUCCCCGGACAUUCUUCUCCAUCUGGCUACCGUGCUCUCGACCUCCUCGAUUAGCUUUUCAAUUCGGAAGAUUGUGCGACCAGGAUGGGAGGAAUACGUGGAGGAAGAGGCUCAAGAGGAGGAGAUCGAAUGGGAUCGAGUUGUGAGCGAUGGAUGGAGGAUUGUCAAGCCAAAGUGA